ACCACAUCAAACAAUAGCGGAAUACCUCAAGUGAUCCGUCCCACACGGCCUGAACCCAACCAGAGGAGAUCCAAGUUUCGCCUGGCUUGCUGUCCGAGCUAUUGUCUCACCGUUUCUCCAUACCUUACGUGGUCCCGUCUAUCUCAGCUUUUCUCCUUGCUGCAUCGGAAGUCGCAAGCACUUAACUCUACCGAUUAUAGGUCAACCACAGGAGGCGACGAACCAUGGCAGAACGUGCUAAUCUGCUCACGCUGAGCAUAGCCCUGAUUAUCGUAAGCGCGAGCGUAGCGCAGGCGUCUCGACCCGCGAGUCUACGGCUGAUAAAGCUGGGAGGAACCGCGCAGGACGCCAAGUGCCUCGAUGGCAGUCCUCCGGCCUACUUCCUUCGCGACGGCUAUGGAUCCGGCGCCGCCAACUGGAUGAUCUACCUGCAGGGCGGCGCGUGGUGCACGAGCAAGGCGGAGUGCGCGCAACGCGCCACCACGCCGCUCGGGUCCAGCAAGUUCUGGCCCGAACCCAGCAGCCGCUCCUUCGCCGGCACGAUGCGGAACAUGAACAGCGCGUUCACGGGGCUGCUGAGCAGCAGCGAGGUGCAGAACCCCGACUACUACAACUGGAACACCGUCAUGGUCGUGUACUGCGACGGCGGCGGGUACGCGGGCACGGCGGGGGCCGUGCGAGUCAAUGCCACCACCACCAUCCACCUCGACGGCCACCGCAUCCUCAAAUCCGUCGUCGCAGACCUGGCGAAGCGCGGCAUGGCGACGGCGAAGCGCGUGCUGCUGACGGGGUGCUCGGCGGGGGCGCAGGCCGUGUCGACAUCGUGCGACGAGGUGGCGGCCGCCGUGCCGUCCGCCAACACCAAGUGCCUCAUGGACGCCGGCUUCUUCCUCGACGGGUGGGACGAGAACGGCGCCCCUGCGUUCCGCACCAUAGCGCAGAAGCUGGUGGAGCUGCACCAGGCGCAGUACGACGCCGACUGCGCUAGAGCAAACCCCAAGGGCGCUCUGUGGAAAUGUUUCUUCCCACAGAACAACCUCGAGUUUGUCACAACCCCCGUGUUCAUAAUUAACUCAAUAAACGACUACACUGCAAUGGACAUCCUCAAUUCCGUGAACAAGGAGUCAAGCACAUCCUCCUCCAACGUCCUCCUGUGCCUGGACGAGCUGCGGCCGUCGGGAGGCACGGCCGGCUAUGUCCCCAGGACAGUGCAGCAGCCUCGGCGCAAGAACGGCAACGCCACGUGCUCCACAGCGGCCCGGGAUGCGUUGAAGCGGUACUCUGAGCGGCUGCAGAACCGCAUUAAGAGCCUGGCCAAGAGGAGACCCAACACGGGCACUUUCAUGCUGGGCUCGGUGGCGCACUGCGUGACGGUGUACCCCACGUGGCUCAAGGUGCAGCGCAAGGGGUACUUCUUGCGCGGCUUAGUCACUGAUUGGCUGAUGAUGGACAAGCGGGUUCAAUUACAACAGCGCCGGGGGAGCACCGCACGGCGCAACUAACAUGAUACUGUAGUAGUACCACCAUUACAUGAUCGAGUCUGUGUGAGCUUCCUGCGCACACCAAUAGUCAUGGCGCCCCUUCCAGGUGCACGCUUGUGGGAGCAACAAUAGCAGGUAGCAGGUAGAAGGUGCCCACAUCACCACCACUAGAACUAGUGACAGGUUAUGCUACAUGUUAAUCAAUUUUGUUUAUGAAAACCCAACAGGCC